AUGAUGCCCUUUGUGGAAGACUGGGACUUGGUGCAAACCCUGGGAGAAGGUGCCUAUGGAGAAGUUCAACUUGCUGUGAAUAGAAGAACUGAAGAAGCAGUUGCAGUGAAGAUUGUGGAUAUGAAACGUGCCAUAGACUGUCCAGAAAAUAUUAAGAAAGAGAUCUGUAUCAACAAAAUGUUAAAUCAUGAGAAUGUAGUGAAAUUUUAUGGUCACAGAAGAGAAGGCAACAUCCAGUAUCUAUUUUUGGAGUACUGCAGUGGGGGAGAACUUUUUGAUAGAAUAGAGCCAGACAUAGGCAUGCCUGAACAAGAUGCUCAGAGGUUCUUCCAUCAACUUAUGGCAGGGGUGGUUUAUCUGCAUGGUAUUGGAAUAACUCACAGGGAUAUUAAACCAGAAAAUCUCCUAUUGGAUGAAAGGGAUAACCUCAAAAUCUCUGACUUUGGCUUAGCAACCGUGUUUCGGCAUAACAAUCGGGAACGUUUGUUGAACAAGAUGUGUGGUACUUUACCAUAUGUUGCUCCAGAACUUCUAAAGAGAAAAGAAUUUCAUGCAGAGCCAGUCGAUGUUUGGUCCUGUGGAAUAGUACUUACUGCAAUGUUGGCUGGAGAAUUGCCAUGGGACCAGCCUAGUGAUAGUUGUCAGGAAUAUUGUGAUUGGAAAGAAAAGAAAACAUAUCUCAACCCUUGGAAAAAAAUUGAUUCUGCUCCUCUAGCUCUGCUACAUAAAAUCUUAGUUGAGAACCCAUCAGUAAGGAUUACCAUCCCAGACAUCAAGAAAGAUAGAUGGUACAACAAACCACUCAAGAAAGGGGCAAAGAGGCCCCGGGCUACUUCUAGUGGUGUAUCAGAGUCUCCUGGUGGAUUCUCUAAACAUAUUCAAUCCAACUUGGACUUCUCUCCAGUAAACUGUGCUUCUAGUGAAGAAAGUGUGAAGUACUCCAGUUCUCAGCCAGAACCACGGACAGGCCUUUUCUUAUGGGACACCAGCCCUUCAUACAUUGACAAACUGGUGCAAGGGAUCAGCUUUUCCCAGCCCACUUGUCCUGAUCACAUGCUUCUAAAUAGUCAAUUGCUUGGCACUCCAGGAUCCUCACAGAACCCCUGGCAGCGCUUAGUCAAAAGAAUGACACGAUUUUUUACCAAAUUGGAUGCAGACAAAUCUUACCAAUGCCUGAAAGAGACUUGUGAGAAAUUGGGCUAUCAGUGGAAGAAAAGUUGUAUGAAUCAGGUUACUGUAUCAACAACUGAUAGAAGAAACAAUAAGCUGAUUUUCAAAGUGAAUCUGGUAGAAAUGGAUGAGAAGAUCUUAGUUGACUUCCGGCUUUCUAAGGGUGAUGGAUUGGAAUUCAAGAGACAUUUCCUGAAGAUCAAGGGGAAGCUGAGUGAUGUUGUGAGCAGCCAGAAGGUUUGGCUUCCUGUCACAUGAUAGAUCCACUGGUUCUGGGAUUCCUGGUGAAUAUAGUGCUGCUAUGUGGACAUUAUUCUUCCUAGAGAAGAUUAUCUCUUCUGCAAACUGCAAACAAUAGUCCCUGAAGAGUUGUCUUCCCUCUAGCCAAACAUUUUCCAAUUCUUUUGUAUAUUCUUCAUACAAAUAAUAUCUGUAUCUUAACUGUAAGUGAAACUUUGGGGAAAGGGUGGAUAGAAUUCAUUUAGAUAGUCCUUCAUGUGCAUUUAGCAUCUGAAUUGAGACCCUCCUGGUGGAAACCAUGCUCUGGGGUUACAUGAGUUUACCAGCAUUUAUACCAAUAUAAUGAAAAAUUAUACUCUUGUCCCAUUCUACCAAAACAUUCGGUUCCAUCCAAAAAGUACAUAUUUCCUGCACAUUGACUUAAUCACAUGGAUAAAUUA